CUUUGACUACAGACGCGACGUGGUCACGACUUUCAGUGCUCCAGCUCAUCAAGAUGGUUGUUCUAGCAGCAUCAAUAUGUACCAAAGGCGGGAAAGCGGUACUCUCGCGCCAAUUCCACCCAAUGACACGCACCCACAUCGAAUCCCUCCUCGCCUCCUUCCCAAAGCUCAUCCCAACAAACUCCCAACACACUUCCGUAGAAACUGCCCAAGUCCGCUACGUCUACCAGCCCCUCGAAGACCUCUACAUCCUCCUCAUCACUAACAAGGCUUCAAAUAUUCUUCAGGACAUCGAUACCCUCCACCUCUUCGCACGCGUCGUGUCUGAUAUCUGCCGCACCGCCGACGAACGUGAAAUUCAGAAACAGAGUUUUGAGCUGCUUGGCGCUUUUGACGAGAUCGUGAGCAUGGGUUAUCGGGAACAGGUCAAUCUCAUACAGGUGAGGAGCAUAUUGGAGAUGGAGAGUCAUGAGGAGAAGAUUCAAGAUAUCAUCGCAAGGAACAAAGAAGCAGAGGCAAAAGAAGAGCUCAAGCGUCGUGCACGGCAACUUGAGCUUCAGCGCCGCGAGCAGCAGAAGCGUGCUGCAGUAUCUGGCAGCGGUGGCAGCUCAUAUCUUGGUGGAGGCAUGUCUGGAUACUCUUCCGUUCCUCAGCGUUUCGAUGCUCCAGAGGUCCCGGCAGCACGUACUGCAUCACCUGCACCUGCGGCCAGCACCCGCACCCAGUUCAAGAGCAGCGGUAUGAAGCUCGGAAGCAAAAAGACCAGGCAAGCAGAGCUCCUAGACGCUCUCGGCGGCGAGCUAGUCUCUGAGGAGCUCUCUGGCCCACCCACGCCUUCUAUAUCCGAACCACCCUCAGCGCCAGCUCCCACAAGAGGCAGCCUGCCCUCCAUCACAGCUGAAAGCGUACACAUCGUAAUCAAGGAACAAAUCUCCGCCUCCCUCAUGCACGAAGGCGGCGUACAAUCGAUGGAGGUCAAGGGAGACAUGAACCUCCAAGUCACCGACCCCGCUUUCGCGCACAUCAAGCUCGCACUCUCGUCCCCCAACACCGACUUUGGCUCUGCCCUCCAAUUCAAGCAGCACCCCAAUGUCGCCAAGUUUGCCCCCGGCCAGAACCGCAUCGUCGCGCUCAAAGAUCCCUCCCGCGCUUUCCCAGUAGGUCAAGCACUCGCUGUACUCAAAUGGCGCUAUGCAGGGCACGAUGAGUCAUUGGUACCACUGUCCAUCAACUGCUGGCCCUCCCCUUCAAAUGACGGCACUUGUGAAGUCAACAUCGAAUACGAGCUUGAAAACGAAAACGUCACACUGCACGACGUCGUCAUUUCCAUUCCACUCCCCACCGGCUCCUACCCCAACAUCACCCAAAGCGACUGCACCGUCAACCCCGCCACGCACUCGCUCGACUGGUCCAUCCCGCUCGUCUCCCCUGAAGCGCGUACCGGCACGCUCGAGUUCGCCGUCGGCGGCGACGACCCAAGCAUGUUCUUCCCCGUACGCGUGUCGUUUGUGGGUCAGGGGAGUAUUGCUGGCAUUGGUGUAGAUGCUGUGUCGAGGGUAGAUGGUGCUGAGGACCCGGCAUUUUCUGUGGAUGCUGUCGUCACGACGGAGGAUUAUCUCGUUAUUUGAGCGUUUUGUCGUGUCUACUUGACUACAUAAUCAAACAACUUGGGCUCCUGCUGCAUCGGAUAUAAUAGGGGAGCUCAAAGUUCGACGCUCACGUUUAUGCUUAU